AUUUAUUGUCUCCAAAAGGCAAAAAGUAGGCCACCAUCUUGGAUAGCGUUUUGGGCAGAAGAGAGGUGAAUCAUCAACCAACCAAUCAUGUCUGCAUUUCAUCUCUUCAAGCUCUCACUGCUCUUGAGUCUGCUUCCAAAUUCCAUCAUACCCAAUUCUCAAAAGAGCACGGGGUUGUUUCCACCAACGUGUAGCCGCAUCGAGUGCCCCACCUACGACCUAAUUCAGGCUGGAAAUGGCUAUGAAAUUCGGCGCUAUAAUUCAACUGUCUGGAUAUCAACCUCUCCCAUUCAAGAUAUCUCCCUUGUUGAUGCCACUAGAGAUGCCUUCUUACAGCUAUUUGACUACAUCCAAGGGAAGAACGAGUACCAAGAACAUAUAGAAAUGACAGCUCCAGUCAUCACCCAAGUCUCACCAAGUGAUGGACCCUUCUGUGAAUCUUCGUUUGUUGUCAGCUUCUACGUCCCUAAGAAAAAUCAAGCAAACCCACCUCCGGCAAAAGGCCUCCAUGUCCAAAAAUGGGGGCCUGCAUACGCAGCAGUGAGACAAUUCAGUGGUUUCGUGUCUGACUCCGAGGUUGGAGAGGAAGCCGCGGCCCUGGAAGCCAGUCUUACAGGCUCUAUCUGGUCUGCAGCCAUUGAGAAAAGCAGGCCAGAUGACCCGACCUCCACAUAUACGGUUGCACAAUACAAUUCUCCAUUUGAAUACGAGGAGAGAGUGAACGAGAUAUGGAUGAUGUUUGAUAUGGAAGAUGAGGUGGGUGCCCUCUGAGAAGAAGAUAAUAGUAGGUGCGCUGAAUCACAAUUUCCGUGCUCUUGUAAUAAGAAAUUUUAGUCGUAUGUCGAAGUCCGGUUGUGUUAUUUAAAAGCCUAGUUGUCAUGUGCCCAAGAUCCAUUCUGGGUGCUGUAUUGUCAUCCAUGAAAAUGAACCCUUCAUAAAAUAUUGGAUAUUUGGGCCAUCACCAGGCUCUGGUUGGUGACUGCAAUAAGAUAUCGAUUUUAGACCCAAA